AUGGCAAUUCAAAAAAUUAUUGAAGUUCUUAGUAUUACAGAUUAUCUCACCCUUUUUGCUUUAAUUCUUGCUACCUAUGUUUUUAAGUUUUAUUAUAAAUACUUAACUCGCCCAAAUCCACUCCCUGGACCAUUGCCUUUACCAAUCAUCGGAAACCUUCACAGCAUUGCUUACGAUUUAAGAUUGUUUUAUGAUGAAUGUCGAUUAAAAUAUGGGGAUAUCUGUGAAAUAAUGUUUGAUGGGCGUAGAUGUAUAAUUCUCACACGACCAGAAUAUAUUGAAAAACUUAUGUCUUCAACAUGUAUAAUGAGAUUUCCAUAUUCUCAAGGAUUAAAAGAAAUUGGAUUUCAAGGAUGUGGGAUUGUAGGAAACAAUGUUUAUAAGAGUUGGAGGUAUAACCGACAAUUUUUUACACAGGCUUUAUUGUCACCUAGAUUUAUGGAUGAUGCUGUAAACUCUACUAAUAAAUUGUUUGAGGAAUUGAGAGAAUAUUGGCAAUAUCUUGGAAUGCAAAAUGGUUCAAAUAAUAAAAAUAAUGAUAAUUGGACUUUAGAAACAGAUUUUUCUGAAUGGUUUCAUGCGUUUGCGAAUGAUAUAAUUUCAAUAUUAGUCACCGGUGAACGUACAUAUUCAAUUGCCUCCUACUAUAACAUACAAAGUACUGUCAAGUCAGUACAUCCUAAUGCAUUAGUCGAAGAUGGGAAUAAAUUCGUCAAAGCAUUAAUAAAACAUAUCCAAGGUGUCAGGUUUUUCACGUUGAUUGGCCCAUUCUUAAGACAUUAUAUCCCAAUAAUCAGAGAUGUAGCCAAUUCUUACUUAAAAAAUCGUGAUUAUAUAUUUGAUAAAUUGGAUCUCAUAAUCAAAAAGAGAAGAGAAGAGAUUGAAGAAAUGCCAGUGGGUACAGAAAUGAGAUCAGAUAUGCUAACUUCCUUGAUCAUUGCAAACACUGAAAAGGAUACUGCUAAAAUAAAAACAGUAGGCGGUGAAACAUUUGAACCUAUGACCGACCAAGAUAUCCGAAGUAAUUUGGUAGAUGCAUUCAUCGCUGGAACAGAUAGUACUGCCAACUUAUUUUGUUCUGUAACCUACUAUCUUUGUAAACAUCCAAAUGUAAAACAAAAAAUGAUUUCAGAAAUUGAUUCUGUCUUCUCUAAAUAUUCUAAUAAAUCUUAUCUGACAAGUGGUGAUCUCCUAAAGCUAAAAUAUUGUGAAGCCAUAAUUAAAGAAGUUAACCGUAUGAUACCGGCAGCAAAUUUUGUAACUCGUUACAUGAAUGAAGAGUGUGAAGUUGCUGGAUACAAAUGGGCUGCUGGUACAACUUUUCAUAUAAAUAUUACAGGGGUACAUGGCCACCGUGAAGUCUGGCCUAAUCCUGAAGUUUUCGAUCCAGAUAGAUUUUAUAAUGUUGAUCAAGACGAUGAAACAUUGGAAAAUAAAUAUUCCUUGUUAAUUUUUGGCGGGGGACCACGAAUCUGUCCUGGAAGGAAGCUGGCGAUGAGUGAGUUACUUUUAACAAUGGUAAUAAUUUACAGAUAUUAUAACGUUGAAUUAGUGAAUAUGGAUGAGCCGUUAAAAAUUGCAUCCUCAGGGGCUAACAAUGUUCAAGAGUUGAAAGUUAGAAUUAGUCCUCGAGUUAAUUGA